UCUCUCUCUCUCACACACAAACACAAACACACUUGCACUUUCAUUCUAUGCCAACUCAAACACCACCUUCCAUCAAACUAAAAAAAAAGUCACUAGUUGUUGUUGUUGUUGUGUCAUGGCCGAUGAAGCUUCUAGAGACGUUGAUCUAAGGCUGGGGGAGCCCAAGGGCCCAAAACAGGAGCCAGACACGGAGGAAGCCUCAGGUUCGGCCAUACGUGUGAUGCCGGUGGCUGUGCACGUACCGGCGGGGAUGUCGAAGGCCCUGGCCCAGGCCCAAACCCAGAAGCGGGCCUCAACCAAGGACCGCCACACUAAAGUAGAAGGCCGAGGCAGGAGGAUCCGAAUGCCCGCGACGUGCGCGGCGCGGAUCUUCCAACUGACCCGAGAGCUGGGCCACAAGUCCGACGGAGAAACCAUCCGGUGGCUCCUCGAACACGCGGAGCCGGCCAUCAUCGCCGCCACGGGCACCGGCACCGUCCCCGCCAUCGCCAUGUCCGUGAACGGCACGCUCAAGAUCCCCACCCCCUCCCCUUCCAACCCCGACCCCGAAGACCCGCCCGAGAGAAAGAAACGCAAACGACCCGCGAAUAGCGCCUACGUCGACGUAAACGACGCCGCCGUUUCCCUCUCCGCGGGCCUCGCCACCUCCAAUAACCAACACGCAACAACAACGACAACAACGACAACCUCGGUUCCUCAACACAACGUUAUUCCGCUGCCGCAAGGCAUGGUCCCCGUGUGGGCCAUACCUUCAAACGCGGUAGUUCCAACCGCGGGUGCCUUCUUCGUUGUUCCUCAAACGCCGUCGUUUCAGCACCAGCCACAGUUCUUCACCAUAGCCAGACCUAUCUCCGCUUUCGUCUCUUCCAUGGUUACUCCAAUUCAACUCCAAUCAACCUCAACCUCUUCAACCAUCGAUAACAGUAACACCUCCUCCACCGCGCCAUCUUCCAAAUCGCCGGCGAGAGCCGCCGUCAUGACUCCGGCCACCGCCUCCGCCACCACUACUACCACUACCGCUACAACAACAACAACAACGCAGAUGCUGAGAGAUUUUUCUUUGAAAAUUUACGACAAGCAAGAGUUGCAGUUCAUGUCGCGGGCUUCUUCCAAGCAUUGAGCCAAAAGAACCAACGUUGUUGAAUCUGGCUGUGGUGUGGUUUCCGCUUCGAACGACGUCGUUACGGGAGAAAAAAGAAGAGCACGUGCGCACGUGAGUUGGAUUAAAAAUGGUGGGGACCACGUGCGUGUGGGUGUGGGUCAACAAGAAAAGUGGAGGGGUGGUGGGACCCACCGCUUGUGCUGCUCCAUGGACUGUACAAAUAGAGGAAUUAUUAGUUUAUUACGUUAGAUUAUUAUAUCCUCAAUCAAAUUCUUUGCGAUACAUAAUUGAAUUUUUUAAAUUAAAAAGAUUCAGUUAUGCAUCCAGUAAAUUUUGAUUGAGAUCAUCAUCACUUAAUAGUUGUGAAACUACACUACUAGUACCAGAAGUUCAGAACUACUUCUACUCACUCUGCAGAUUUUUUUUCUUUUCAAUUUCUGAGAAUAAUGUUAAUAUCAUCAGUUAUUUAGAAUGACAUUGAUUAGGGUUUUUUUUUAUUGAUUUUGAGCUAGGGAGGGUGAACCUUUGUAAGUGUGUACUUAAAAUCAGUUAUAAAAAUCUUUCUUAUUUUAA